AUGCAUCAUGUUUGCUCUCCCACUGAAGCAUUUGCUUUGCUUCACUUCAAACAAUCCUUUCAAAUCUCUGACCAACCUAGCUGUUGGGUUGAGACUCAUCUGCAAUAUGAUAUCCCAAAAACAAAGUCUUGGAAUGAGAGUAGGGAUUGCUGCAGUUGGGACGGGGUAACUUGUGACAUGUUAACUGGUCAUGUUAUCGGAUUGGACCUUAGUUGCAGUCUGCUUAAUGGAACUAUUCAUCCCAAUAGCAGCCUCUUCCAACUCCAUCAUCUCCAGACACUAAACCUUGCUCGCAAUAACUUCUAUUCUUCUUCAAUCCCACAUAACAUUGGCCGAUUGAUGAAUUUGAGGCAUCUCAACCUUUCUCAUUCUUUCUUUGAAGGGGAAAUCCCAACAGAAAUCUCAUACCUUUCCAAUUUGGUUUCACUUGAACUUAAUUGUUUUAACUGUGGUCUCCAACUUGAUGAGAGAACAUUUGAAACAAUUCUUCAGAACUUCACAAAUCUGGAGGUACUAUCUCUCUCUUAUGUCAACAUCUCAUCUUCAAUACCUGUGAAUAUUUCUUUGUCCUCGUUAAGGUACGUGAAUCUUGUAAAUACUAAUCUGCGAGGUGUUCUCACAGAGAGCUUUUUCCUUCUGCCAAAAUUGGAAACGCUCUAUUUGAGUGACAAUGAUCUUCUCAAAGGAGUUUUACCAAAGAUCCACCCGAGCAACACUCUGUUGAAGUUGGAUAUUUCUUUAACAGGAAUCUCUGGUGAGCUGCCUGAUUCAGUUGGCACCUUGAGUUCCUUGAAUCUCUUGAAACUCAGUAGAUGUCAAUUCUAUGGUUCCAUUCCUGAUUCCAUUGGCAAUCUUACACAAUUGCGGGAUUUGGAUUUUUAUAAUAAUCAUUUCACCGGCCAUAUUCCUUCCACAAUCUCUAAAUUGAAGCAGCUCACACAUCUACGUCUUUCGUCCAACUCCUUUUCAGGUGAAAUUCCCGAUAUUUUUUCUAACCUCCAAGAGCUACGUUAUUUAUAUCUUUCUGACAACAGCUUCAUCGGUUCGCUUCCUUCUACAAUUGUAAGCUUGACACAUCUUCAACACUUAGACUUGUCAAGUAAUUCCCUAUCUGGCCCACUGCCUAAUAAUUUGAGCAUGCUUCAAAAGCUAACCGAACUGGAUUUGUCGCACAACUCACUGAAUGGUUCCAUACCAUCUUCGGUUUUUAGCCUCCCUUUGCUAGGUAAUAAUCGAUUUAGUGGACUACCCAAUGAGCUCAAAACAAACCUAACAUUAGAACGCCUGGAUUUAAGCCAUAAUCAACUCAGUGGUUCUUUGCUUCAAUCACUUUCGAAUCUCACAAACCUUUCUUACCUUGACCUUUCAUCAAAUAACAUCACCGUCGAUGAGGGAAUACAAAUCACUUUUCCUAGCCUAGAAUAUUUGUGGUUAUCGUCUUGUGAACUGAAGGAUUUUCCAAACUUCUUGAGAAAUGUGAAGACACUUAGGAUCUUGGAUAUUUCUAACAAUAAGAUUCGUGGCCAAAUCCCAAACUGGUUUAGCGGCAUAAGGCCACCUACAACCAUUUCAUUUCCAUAA